AUGGCAGGGGAUGAUAAGGUGAAUAUUGAUAGUGUCAUUGGUAGACUGCUAGAGGUUCGACGCACUCGUCCUGGCAAAAACGUUCAAAUGAGUGAAACAGAAAUCCGCGGGCUGUGUCUGAAGUCUCGCGAAAUCUUUUUAAGUCAACCUAUUUUACUAGAAUUGGAGGCUCCCCUCAAAAUAUGCGGUGAUAUUCACGGACAAUAUUACGACUUGCUCCGACUUUUUGAGUAUGGAGCAUUUCCUCCCGAAGCAAAUUAUUUGUUCUUGGGUGACUACGUGGAUCGAGGAAAGCAGUCUCUUGAAACGAUAUGCCUGCUGCUAGCUUAUAAAAUUAAAUACCCAGAAAAUUUCUUUUUGCUAAGGGGUAAUCAUGAAUGUGCCUCUAUUAACCGUAUAUAUGGAUUUUAUGAUGAAUGCAAACGUCGAUAUAAUAUAAAAUUAUGGAAGACCUUCACAGAUUGUUUCAAUUGUUUGCCGAUUGUAGCAAUUAUAGACGAGAAGAUUUUCUGCUGUCAUGGCGGUCUUUCACCAGAUCUUUCAACAAUGGAACAGAUAAGACGCAUCAUGCGUCCUACAGAUGUUCCUGAUCAAGGACUAUUAUGUGAUUUACUUUGGUCAGAUCCAGAUAAAGAUGUAACUGGUUGGGGCGAAAACGAUCGCGGUGUUAGUUAUACAUUUGGUCCAGAUAUUGUGGCCAGAUUUUUACAUAAACAUGAUUUGGAUUUAAUAUGCCGUGCUCACCAGGUUGUCGAAGACGGUUAUGAAUUCUUCGCCAAACGUCAACUAGUUACUCUUUUCUCCGCCCCGAAUUAUUGCGGUGAAUUUGAUAACGCAGGAGCUAUGAUGUCCGUAGAUGAUACGUUGUUGUGUUCAUUUCAAAUUUUGCGUCCAGCUGAAAAGAAAAAAUAUUACGUUGGCGUCCCAACUGGCAGCCGACCAAUUACUCCACCUCGUGGGGCUAAAGCGAAAGGAAAAUUAUAA